AUGCUUUCCUCUCGACGAUCAUCAUCAUCAUCGGGUCUGAGUGGUUCUUCCAACUCUCCCAGAAUGGCCUCCCUUGUAUCGGGAAUCUCCCUAAUCCUCAUGUUCUUUGUAGCCAUGUAUUCAGAAAUGUUUGUCCGAGUGGCCAUGAUCCAACCCAAUGAGAAGGAAACCACCCGAUCCAAUAUUAUUCAAAAUCGAAUACAAUUUCAGAGUGGUCUUGUGGGAUAUCUCGUUAUUUUGGCAUGCGAUAUCAUUUCUGCCAUUUCCAUGUAUCAGGUGUUUAAAUCUAUUUCUGUUGCUCUUUCUUGGUGGGUCGGAUGUUUAAGAAUGAUCUAUUCUGUCAUCUUUGGUUAUGCUAUUUUACAAUUAUUUAAAGGUUAUGCAGUGGUCAUGAGCGAUGGAAAGGAUUUUAUGGACUAUUUUAAUAGUUAUGAAAGUAUUUGGGCAUUUGGAUUAAUGAUCUUUGGAGUUCACUUGGUGUUAUUGGGAAUUCUUGCAAGGAGAUCUAGUUUUGUAGCCAAGUGGAUUUCACUCAUGAUAGUUGUGGCUGGUGUGGCAUAUUUUCUGGAUAAUUUAUUGAAAUUAACAUAUUCAAAUUAUGAGAAUGUGAAAACUGUGUUGACUCUUUGUGUGGCCAUUCCAGGCAUUGUUGGAGAGGUUGGAUUGGCAGUUGCUUUUCUGACUUUUUAUCGAUCCAGUAGAAAGAAUUGA